GUAAUGAGCAGACAGGUACGGCUUGGACGGGCAGCCGCGUGGGCCGAUAUGUUUGUCUAUAAUUCAAGAGAGGAAGGAAUGAUGGACUUUCUGGUAUCCAUCAUCCGGUCCUCAUCAGUCCCAGUGCGCUGCAAGAUGGUGGCAUACACUCUCCAGCCCAUCGACUCCAUCGUCUCCAACAGCCGCAAGACCAUCAGCCGCAUCUUGACAGAGGCUUCACCUCUAGACCGCCAUGGCCGGCCUUUCAACUUGAACUCGAACGAAUCAUGGCUCCAGUCACCCUUCUCAAAGUAG